CUGUAUUGUUUUCUGAUUGGUCGAUUCAAACAGGCGGUUUCUUUCAAUAUCUUACCUCUCGAAUUCACGACUGAAGAAACAGCAAAAUAUCGCUCAAUUAUCAAGAUUUCUAUAUAGUAACGCCAUAAAUAUUCUAGUUAUGAGGCCCAUGUCUAAAACGCCUGGAAAGACCCCACGAAGGACGCCGGCGAGGAAACCGUCUGCGAACAAACUCAAAGACCCAGUUGAGGUUUAUUGCCGAAUCAAGCCUUUGGGUGAAAAUGAAGAGGAAUCCUGUGUCAAAAUUAUUGAUAAUGACAGCAAAUUAUUGCAACUCACAGCGCCAAAGUUUUCUCAGGCUUUCAAAUCUGGCCAUCGGAUAGAGACCCAACACACUUUCAAACAUGUGUAUGAUGAGAAUACGACUCAGAAGCAUCUGUUUGACCAAGUGGCCCUACCACUAGUGGAUGACGUACUGCAUGGAAAGAAUGGUCUUAUCUUUGCCUAUGGCAUUACUGGCUCUGGUAAGACACACACCAUGACCGGUACCCCAAGCGACAGUGGUCUGUUGCCAAGAUGCCUUGACGUCAUCUUCAACAGCAUCGCAGAGUACCAGACAGACACAUUUAUUUUCAAACCAGAUAAGAAUAAUGGAUGGGAAGUGCAGACAGAAGAUGAGGCCAAACUUGAUCGAGAGAUGAAGCACAAGGAGGCUCUUCUCCAGGCUGCUGCUACACCAAGUAGAAGGAAUGGCAACAUAUCACCAGAGUUUUCUGAUGCAAUCCGAAUUCCAGAAGAACAUAGAAUUGAUAAUAUUGAUGAGGACAAUGGAUAUGCUGUCUUUGUGUCAUAUAUUGAGAUUUACAACAACUUUGUUUAUGACCUUCUUGAUGAAUCCCCAGUUGACCCAAUCUGCCCCAAACCUCCAGUUUCAAAGAACUUGCGAGAGGAUGGUAGUCACAACAUGUAUAUCAGUGGAGUCACAGAGAUAGAGGUCAAGACAACUGAGGAAGCUUAUGGGGUAUUUUUAAAAGGGCAAAAGGGGAGAAGAGUUGCCCAGACUGUGUUAAACCAGGAGUCAAGUCGCAGUCACAGUGUUUUCGCCAUCAAGGUUGUUCAGGCGCCCCUUGACCCUGAUGGGGAACAAAUACUGCAGGAUUGUGAUCAAGUUGCAGUGUCAACUUUGUCUCUUUGUGACUUGGCUGGGUCUGAGCGGACCAAGCGAACAAAUGCGGGGGGUGAUAGACUGAGGGAAGCAGGAAACAUCAAUUCCUCUCUCAUGGCUCUAAGGACUUGUAUCGAGAUCCUCCGGGAGAACCAGUCCAACUAUGAAAAUGGUGUUUCACCCAAGAUUGUCCCGUACAGAGAUUCCAAAUUAACACAUCUGUUCAAGAACUUCUUUGAUGGUGAAGGAAAGGUUCGCAUGGUGGUGUGCUUGAAUCAAAGUGCUGAAGAGUAUGAUGAAAGCAUUCAUGUGAUGAAGUUUGCUGAACUCACACAAGAGGUGGUGGUGGCAAGACCUUCAUCCAUCAAGUUUGAAACUGGACUAACACCUGGCAGGAGAAGAGCUCAUCAGAUGUUCAGAGAAGCUCUUGCUAAAGUUGAAGAAACUGGUGGUGAAGUAGAAAAAGUGGCUCCCGCCAAGCCGAUUCACACAAUGGGACCCCCAUUCCCACCUCUGCUUCUAUCAUCUGCAGAUGACUCUAUUACGCUGGUGACACUUUUGCAGUACCUACAGGAGCGCAUGCGCAGACGGCAGACCCUCGCAGAUGAUCUGGCAAGGAAGCAGGGAAUCUUCAGGGCUCAACUACAAGAUUUUGAAAAAGAAAAUGGAAACACGGGCAGUGUUAUAAAUCAAUUGAAAUCAACAGUGGACGAAAAAGACAGGGAAAUCCAGAGACUGGAAAGAAGACUAAAAGCAGCAUUGCAUAAAAACGAGAUGCUUCAGAAGACUGCAGCAAUGUACGAGCAAGACAAGAAAGAGCUGCAGUACGAUCUGGACGACCAAAAGAAGCGCGCUGACAAAGAAAAACAAGAGAAACUCAAGCUAAAAACGGCGCUAAAAGGAGCCAUAAGCCAGGAAAAGGACAAGUGGGAGAAGGAAUGCAACAAGCGCGUUAAGGACAAAGAGCUUGAAAUGGAGAACAAGGUGUGGCAACAAGAGGAGAAGCUCAGACAGCUCAAGGAUAUCGUCCAGAACAUGAAGUCAGAUGGACCCGUAACCCGGGCACAAGCUUCAAACAUCGCGAAAGCCGAUCAGCGCCCCGCGACAAGGUCCCAAAUACGCCAGCGUGCAAAAUCUCCACCACCCGUCGCGCGCAAGCCUCCUAUCCGCGCUAAGCAGCAUCGCCGCUCAAAGUCUUCAGACUGUUGGAUUGAACAUAAGCCGCCUUGCCACCUCGACACAGAUACCAUUCUUCAGCCCUUUAUGAAGAACAAAAAGACAGUGUCUCGUCCGGAUCAAAAGGACUUCAAGACAACUAACGCAACAAAUUACUGUCUAGUGGAUCAGGAGGAAGACUCGUCAGGAGAGAUCGCUACUAAAAUAAUCAAGGGUGAUGUUUACAAGACUGCGGGUGGGGGUCAUAGCAUCCAGUUCACCGCUAUCGAGACGCUGAAGGAGAGACUGCAAGGAAAUAUGGACACCAGCCCGGACAGAAAGCGCCGUGCUUCGGAGGACAUUGACGAUAGCGAGUCGAGCUGGACCGAUACCGAGACGAGAUGUACGUACGGCAUCGAGGGAAAACCUGGCCAAGAUCCCGCUGUUACUCAUACGUUACCAAAGCGCAAACGGACAUGAGUUAUUGCCGCGUUCCACAAUGGGAGGCUCGCGGGAGUAGAUCAACCUGGUGUAGAUCUAUUAGUGAUAUACUCGUGGGUGGCACCGAGAUGAACGGCACAUCAUCUGUGAUAAUGAACCAAUGGCCCUUGUGGACUUUGGCCUUUACUUUUUCCGGGGAAAGGAACACCAUGUACAGUACCAUGAGCAGGAAGAUAGCCGCGUUAUACUGUAAGCAAUUUAAUUUUAGUGACAAGAUAGCUGCGAGUGUAAAAUAAGGGAAUGCGACAGCUAUAGAUAGUCAGGGUGGGACAUUAUGAUGUUACGUUUGGUUUUCGUUAAUCACGUGUUAACGUGAAUAUUUUUUUGUGUUAUUUUUAUAGCAAUAGAUAAUGAUAGCAAUAGAUAAGGGCUGGGAACAAUAAGUGGUGGGGUUAUACAACUGCUAAUUACUCACCAUUUUAUUCUUGUAAUAACGUAACAAGAUCAGAACGCUAAUUAAACAAAUCAAUUCGAAAAAAAAA